AUGGUAGCCACCGGAAUUGAUCCUGGUGAUGAUAGCUUCAGCCGGAGUUUAAGCAGAUGCAGCACAGUCCACGAUUCUACUCCGCCAGAACAGAAAUCAGUCUCAAAUUGGGUGGAAAUCGACGACAGUGAUGACCCUCAACGCUGGCCGCAGUCUGAGAAGCUCAAGGUUAUGAUUGCUACAAUCGGAUUUUGUAUUCUGGUAUCAGGUGCAUCCUCUUCGUUCGCUGUCGGAGUUUCAAGUAUGGUCGACGAUCUCCAUACUUCGACAGAAUUGGGUAGCACGGCGUUGGCUAUUUUCGUUAUUGGCUUUGCUAUAGCUCCUAUGUUCUUCGCCGGGGCGUCCGAAGAGCUCGGUAGAACUCCUAUGUAUGCUAUCACGUUUACUAUCUAUGGCGCUAUGUUUCUACCUAUAGGAUUAUGCAGUAGCAUCACUGGCAUCAUUAUUUCUCGCUUUAUUCAGGGUCUCGCUGGUAGCUCUGGCAGCACUAUGGUCGCCGGAACAAUAUCAGAUCUAUAUGGUAGCCAUGAAAGGGGCAUCUAUAUGAGCUUUUUUGCCUUGAGCACAAUGUCUAGCACGGGUAUCACACCUAUGGUCUACUCAUUUGUGCCACUAAAAACAUCGCUCAGUGUUGCAGGUAGCUCCGGUCAAGGUGGUUGGCGCUGGAUUCAGAUAAUACAGUGUAUAGUGACAGCGUGCUACGGCAUAGUCAUGGUUUUGUUUCUGAAAGAGACGCGCAUAAACGUCAUAAUGAAGAAAAAGGCUAGGAGAAUGCGCAAAGAGACUGGAGAUACAACAAUCAAGGCACAUGCAGAAGUGUUCAAGCCAACUAAGAAGGAAUUACUGCAACAAAGUCUCUUCAGACCCAUGCAAUACUUAACCCAAGAACCUAUAGUAAUCGCUUUUAGCUUCUUUAUCGGAUAUGCCUGGGCUAUCUUCUACUCUUUUAUUGCCAGUAUCACUCACGUCUUCCUCACUCUUUACGAAGAUAACUACGGCAUGAAUCAGGGUACUGUAGGAUACGUUUAUGCUUCGAUCGUAGUGGGUAGUGUGUUUGGUUUCCUCUUCAACUACUUUUUCCAGGAGAAAUUUUUCUUCCAACGUUUCAACAAGAGUCGUCCCGUUGAGGCAAGACUAGGCGGUGCGAUGGCAUCGGGAAUUAUUUUUCCAAUUGGUGCAUUCAUAUACGCAUUCACUCUAUACCCACACGUCCACCCAGCCGGACCUUGUGUCGGGCUGACCGUCAUCCUAACAGGCAUGUUUUCCAUCUACCUAUCAUCUAUGUCAUAUCUAGCAGACUGUUACCAAGCAAACGCCAGUAGUGCAUUAGCUGCGAUUGCUUUGAUUCGUAACCUGACCGGAGGUGUAGUUAUUCUGGUAAUAAGGCAGUGGUAUGAUGGGAUGGGAUUUGUUUGGGCUGGUUUACUUAUUAGCCUUCUGGCUGUAGUGUUUGCUACAGUACCCAUAGCGCUCUUCUUCUUUGGCAAACAAUUGCGAAUGAGGUCGAAAUUCGCUCAGGAGAUAGCAAAGAUGUUGGAGGACGAGCGACUUGCAGUAAAGCAGGAGCAAUUCAGUGAGAACCCCGUUGAGAUAGACAGACGCACGUCUAUACAGCAGGUCGAGCUAAGCCGAUCAAGUAGCAGCACAAUAGAUGUGAAUUUAGACACUCGAGAGACAUACAACGACAAUUCAAACUAUAAAUCAGACACGGAUAAGGACAGUCAGCAUGUUCAGCACAUAUUCAUAGAGAUUGACGACAAGGAUGAUCCGAUGCGAUGGCCCAAGUAUAAAAAGAUGAGGAUAGCGAUAGCAGCUAUUGGUUUCUCAGUUUUCGUGUCUGCCAGCACGGCUACCUUUGCACAGGGAUUGUACCAGCUCGUGACCGAUCUGGAUACCACCACCGAGCUCGCGAAUGUAGCUCAGGGAAUCUUCGUCGUUGCUUUUGCUUUCCCGCCCAUGCUUCUGGCAGGGCUUUCGGAGGAAUAUGGAAGGAGUAAGAUAUUCCUCGUCUCUUACGCUCUCUACACACUUUUGCACCUCCCGAUAGCCCUAUCGACGAAUAUUACAGGCGUUAUCCUCGGUCGUCUCUUCCAAGGCUUGGCAGCGAGUACAGGAUCGACGCUGACGGCUGGUACGAUAGCUGAUAUUUAUACGGGCUAUCAUCGAGCACUGUGGAUGUCAAUUUUUGCAGCCUCUUCUCCUCUAGCCACCGGGGUUGCACCAGUUGUUUACUCAUACGUACCCUCCAACUACGCGCUGCACUUCAAAGGUAGCAGUGGUGUUGGCGGAUGGCGCUGGAUACAAAUUAUCCAGAUGAUAGUGGCAUUUGUGUGGGGUAUUGUUCUGUGUUUAUGGUUUAGGGAAACGCGCGUAAACGUAAUCAUGAAGAAGAAGGCUAGAAGAAUGCGCAAGGAGACUGGCGACCACUCUCUCCAAGCUGAAGCGGAGCAGUACCGGAUGUCGAAGCAUCAGAUGUUUCUGGCUGUAAUGAGCAUGUUUAUCGGGUUCGCCUGGGCUGUCUUUUUCUCUCUACAGGCUAGCAUAUCGCACGUCUUCUUGACUCUGUAUAGCGACAACUAUGCCAUGACUCAUGGCUCCGUUGGUUUCGUCUUUAUCGCCAUCAUAGUGGGUACUGUUAUUGGUUUUGUUUUCAACCUCUACUUCCAAGAAAAGUGGUUUUACGACAAGUUUCAUCCGCGCUACUCUGUCGAAGCUAGGCUCGGCUCGAGUAUGGUAUCCGGUAUUGUUUUCCCUAUCGGCGCUUUCAUAUAUGCGUUCACAACGUACAGUUUCGUGCACUGGAUUGCGCCGUGCAUCGCAAUCACGGUAAUUAUGGCAGGUAUCUUUCCAAUCUACUACAGCUCAAUGAAUUAUCUCUCUGAAUGUUACGGAACGACGGCAUCCUCAGCACUAGCGUCUAUAGCGAUGGUGCGAAAUCUGACAGGCGGGUGCAUUCAAUUCGUUAUUCUCCAAUGGCUCGACGGACUCGGGGAUAGAUUUCAGUAUGCGCUGCUUAUGAUAGCAGUGAUGGCUACAGCGUUAGCAGUGAUACCGAUUGCACUCUUUCUAUUCGGGUCUCGUAUACGCCAGCGAUCGACGUACGCGCAGGCUAUAUCUGCCAACGAAAGCGCAACAGUUGCUGAAAAAGAUUAG